AUGCACGGCGAGAUCCGCCACCGCCAAGCGCGGCGCGCCUCUGCUGACGACGACAUGGACGUCGACGACGUCGGCCAGCCGCCGCCUGCAAACCUCGUCUCCGCGCUCGCCGUCCCCGACGACCCGCUCGACGACGGCAUCAUGGACGCGGAGAAGAUCAAUGGCUUCAUCGGCUUCGGCGCCGUCGAGGGUGCCUGGUUCGACGAGUUCUGCGGCGGGAGCAUGGACAUGUCGACCCGCGCCGGCGUGGAUUUCCUGGAAAUGCUGCUGGACGGGGAGUCGUCGUCGUCCGCCGCCCUCGCUGCCGAUGCCGCGGCGACGAUGAACGUCUCCCCGUCGUUGUCGUCCAGCGACGACGACGACGAAUGGAUGGAUCCCUCAAGCGAGUCCGAGGACGACGCCGCGGACGAGCACUGGCUCCCGACCGAGUCCUCCUCCAAGAACACUAGCGCUACUACCGGCAGCGGCAAGAAACGCCGUCUUCCGCGGCAGCAGCAGCAGCAGAGCACCGCUGCUACGGGACAGAGGAAGCCGCAGCAAACGGAGCCGACCGCCGUCGUGGAAGGCGGCGGCGGCAACAAGCAGGGCGGGUACUGGUGCCGCGGCUGUUCCAAGGUGGAGACCCCGCUGUGGCGCGCCGGGCCGGAGGGCCCCAAGACGCUGUGCAACGCGUGCGGGCUAAGGUACAAGAACUCGCUGGCGGCCAUGGCGGCACCGCAGACGACUACGACGACGGCCACGAAGCGCCUGGCGCUGCCGGCGAAGCCCCGCGGCAGAAGCUCCAAAAGCAACAAGAACCGCUCUGCGACGGUUGUCAGGAAGAAGCGUACGUAG